AUGUUACCUGGUGUGAGUGGGUGGAGCCUGCUGCUGUGUCUCAGAGGUGCGGAGAGAAGCUGUCUGAGGAGAGUCUCCUUCUCGCGGCUGCAGCGUCAUCAGACGGUGAACCUGUUGCCCGCGGUGAUGGAGGCGUUCUCUGACGCAGGUGGAGGCCUCUGUCACUUCCUCACUCAGUCUGAACGAACAGGAUCCGAAUUACCCAUGAGCCCACACGCCUGUGGAUCGACCAAUCAGAAGCUGCGGCUCCCUGAGGGAGCAGACAGCCGCUCGCCUGUCGGAGCCCCGCCUCCCACUCUGGUUGCCAUGGUGAAUGUUUACGUCCUGGUGACGUCGGUGAAGCCGCUGACUUCCUUCCUGCACGACAUCACCGUGGUGACGACCAAUCAGGAGCGGCGGGGACGGCCCACAAAGCUCAGGAACUUCCUGCUGCAGCAGUUUGGACCAAACGCUUCCCAUGAUGCUUUGGGGCAGACGAAGAAGGUGAUCGGGGAAGUUCUGCAGGCCGCCGUGUCGACCAAUCAGAAGCAACAACCUUUCAGCAGGUGUGUGUUGUGUUUCCAGCUCUUGACGUUCUCUCUGCUCUUCAGCAGCUCCAUCACACCGCUCGUCGUCCAGGUGGAAACUGAGCUGACGUUUUCUUCUCUGAGCGGCGACACAUUUGACAGACAGAUCACCAAAGACGGGAUCCUGGAGGACACACUGCACUUCCUGUUCCUGUCCUCAGAGACGCAGACGGAGCGGAGACAGGUGAGGAGACAGUACGGUGGCUGUAGAGGCACACACGGCGUCUGUUUGUCAGAAGACAAGUUUCUUCUCAUGCUUCAGUUUCAGCAGCAGAUGAAGACGCCGUCAGCUUUUCAACUGCUGUUUCCCAGCAUCAACUCUUCCUCCACCUCCUCCUCUUCCUCCUCUUCCUCCUUCUCCGGUACUCUCAGCGUAUCAGAUCUUCAGAUCGGGAUCACCUGUCACUACGAGCUCCAGAGGAACCGAACUGAUAAGACAGACGAACGGACCAAUCAGGAGUCAGCGAUGUCUUCCUCACAGGACGGGUCUGAAGGUCGAGGUGCGUGUGUGGACCCCCACCUCAGACAGAUCUACACCGACCCCCCCCUCACUCUCACCCCCCCCUUCAGCCCCUCGGUGAAGGAGUAUCGGGCCGAGGUCACCUUCGACACGGUGACGGUUCGAAUCCUGCCGCAGCCAAUCAGCGCCGCUUGCCGGGUUCACCUGGACGAACACCGAGGCCCCAGGAUGGCGAACUACCGGUCGGCCUCGGCAACAGUCGGAUCAGCAUCCUGGUGACGGACGACUCCCAAAAAGGAGCCCGUUGUCAUGACGAUCUACACUGUGCACGUGUACCGCGAGAGCCGACCCAGCCUGCCCAUGUUCGGGAUCAUGUGAU